AUGUCGCUAACCGAAUCGGCUGCAGUCGACGUCGCUCGUAGCGCAUCGCUUGCUUCUCGUCGCCUCGCAACGCUACCUAAUGCCGCCCGAAACGAAGCUUUAACGGCCCUCCACCAAGCUCUGAAUAAGAACAGAGCCACUAUACUUGCUGCCAAUGCUAAGGAUGUGGAAGCCGCUACCCGCGAUGCCAAUAGUGGCAAUCUGAACCAUAGUGUACUCAAAAGACUCGAUCUGUCUCGACCUGGCAAGUAUGACGAUAUGCUCGAAGGGAUCUUGAGUGUGCGGGACUUGGAUGAUCCUAUCGGCAAAGUGACAUUACGCACCCUCUUGGACGAAGGACUGAGCCUGGAGAGAAUCAGUUGCCCGAUUGGGGUCUUGUUGAUUAUUUUCGAGGCCCGCCCGGAGGUAAUCGCCAAUAUUGCGGCUCUGGCAAUUAAGUCUGGAAACGCUGCCAUCUUGAAAGGCGGAAAGGAAUCGAUGGAAUCAUUCGUGGCCAUUGCAAAUGUUGUUUCUGAAGCCAUUGCUGGCAGUCAAGUACCAGUUUCAUCGAUCCAGCUUGUCAAGACGAGGGAUGUCGUCUCUUCUCUCUUGGCUCAGGACUCCUUCAUUGACCUAGUCAUUCCCCGAGGAUCUAACGAUCUCGUUCGCUAUGUGAAGGAGAAUACAAAGAUUCCCGUGCUCGGACACGCCGAUGGCCUAUGCUCUGCCUACAUACACUCGGACGCAAAUAUCAGUACGGCCGUGAAAGUAAUCGUGGAUUCGAAAACAGAUUACCCUGCGGCCUGUAACUCACUCGAAUCUCUACUGGUUCAUGAGGAUAUCCUUGGAUCCGUUCUCCCCGCAGUCGCUGCAGCUCUCAUUGACAAGGGUGUGUCGCUUCGUUGCGAUGAGGCUUCUAUGGCUGCGUUAGCAAAGACACUAUCCAGUGAACAACUCUCUCGAGUACAGCCAUCGACGGAGAUCGAUUAUGACACAGAGUUUCUGGACCUGGUGUUAGCAGUGAAAACCGUCCCAUCAACGAAUGAUCCUGCAUCGGCGGUGGAGGCAGCCAUGGCUCAUAUCAACGUGCACUCAUCCAAACAUACCGACAUCAUCUUGACGGAAUCACAAGAGUUGGCGACUUCGUUUAUGAAUGGCAUUGACAGCGCAGGGGUGUUCUGGAAUGCAUCCAGCAGGUUUGCCGAUGGCAUGAGGUACGGAUUUGGUACGGAAGUGGGCAUCAGCACCAACAAAAUCCAUUCUCGUGGUCCAGUUGGACUGGAAGGGUUGACUAUCUACAAAUACUUGAUCCGGGGGAAUGGCCACGGCGCGGGGGAUUACCACGACGGUCAAGGGGGAAGGCAAUAUCUUCAUACCAGCUUGCCUACUGGCGAGUAG